UGCUUUGGUUAUUUCUGAUCCUUAUCUUAUUUUUUUAUUCCAUUGUUUAUCAUUAGUUUUACUUUUUUACUAAUUUUAUUGGUAUUCUACCUUUCAGGACUUUUAUUAAUGAUAUUUUCUCUUUACUAAUUCUAGUUCCUAACUUAGAUUUCAGAUUCUUUUUAGAGAGAUUACUAAUUUGUGCUGAAAAUGGGUUCUUAUAAUGGUAAGGUGUACAACACUCCUGAAGAAGCAGAGGAAUAUGUCAAAGAAACCAUCAAAGCUCAUCCAGUUGUUCUGUUUACCAAGAGGUUUAGCCCAUACUGCUACAAAGCAACAAGUGCAUUCAAAAGCAUCAACGUUCAGUAUGAAGAAGUUUUGUUGUCAGGUCGGUCUGAUUGUCAGAUCAUCCAAGAUGUUCUUCUCAAGAUGACAGGAGCAAGAACCGUCCCGAGAGUCUUCGUCCAUGAGAAUUGCAUCGGAGGCGGGAACGAGACAAGCGCUCUCAAUAAAGAGGGGAAGUUGAAGAAGUUGGUGGAUAAAGAAGAAGAUGCACUAAAAGAAGAGCCAGCGCAGGAGAACCAAGCAUCCACGGAGCAACAGGAAGAAGAAAAACCAGCGGAGGAGCAGACUUCAGAGGAGAAACCAAAAGAAGAGCAAGCUGAGGACCAAAAGCCUGCAGAAGAGCAAAAAGCUGAUGAAGCUGAACAAGCUGAAGCAGCACAAGAAGAUCAAAAAGAACAAACAGCACAAGAAUAGUUCGGUUUCAUCUUUUCAAUAUAUUUGUCAGAUAAGUCACUCAGUGAGAUUUUACCAUCCCUCCAUUCCCAGUCAACCAAAUUCAGCUUAACCGCAGUUUAUUUGUAUCAUUUCAACAAAGUUUCUAAUUCGUUUGUUUCUGAUAAAUUUGUCCAAUGCUUCUAGUACAUGAGAGCUCUUAGCUAAAGAUAUACACAGCCUGAGUUAUGUACAUGAAGUACAUCAUUUAAUAAAACUUGGGACUGUAGACUGCUACCAGUUAAUCAUGUUCCAACUUAUAGUGUUUACUGUAUUUACAAGCUAUAACUCAACUUAACAAUGCAGUUAUGUAUUUAAUCUGGUGUUAUCAAUUAACAAAGCUAAAAGUGCCCAAGAAAAUACUAGAAAGUGAAUUAUCGGUUGUGUUACUACUUUAUCAAGGUAAUGGCCAGUGUUUAAAUUAGUGCCGCGUACUACUCAAUUAUGUGUUACUCGAUUUGUGUUAUAUGUUCCCAUGUAUAUGCCUACUUACACCUGCAUCGUAUUGGCCUAUAUAAAUCUGCACUACCUGUAUUGAAUUAUUACGAGUUUACACAUUCACUGAAAAAUAUUAAUUAUAUACAUGUUUGCAUAAUUGUUUAUCACGCUUUGUUUAUUUUACACCAGAUCAUCCGAUGUUAUUUAGUAGGGUGGGGAAGAUGGGACACCUUUUCAUUCUAUUUUCUCGUUUUAUUUAAUAGUAAACAAAGAAUUAUAAACCGAACUCUCACAACUCCCAUAGACAGUUUUUAUUUGUUUAAAACACUAUCACGAUAUUCGGAUAUCAUGUGCUAAAGGUGUCCGUCUUUCCCCAUUGUACUCUAUCUCAAUUAUUAACAUAACUCAACAUCAUAAUGCACCAUACAUGCUUAUAAAUUGGACCCUAUUAAUAGUGUCAACAUUUGGCCUUUUUUCAGCAAUAUAUUGUAAAUAAAUUGUAAUGUUUAAUAGCUAGCUUUGCAAUCAUUUGUAUGCCAACAUUGAACAAUUUGUAUCAAGGUUCCCAUUUUUGCUUCAACAUUGCUUGGUAGUUAACUAGUACUAGUGUUGUGUCCGUAUCAAUGCAAAUAAUUUAACUUGUCGUAUUUAACAUUGUACAG